AUGUGGCCAACGACGCCGCCAUCUCGGCUGCUGUUGUUGCUUUUGUCAUCGACGACUGCAAUCACGGCAGCCUCAUCCUCAUCCUCUUCUCAGAGCAACCGUGUGAUCAACCCUUCAAACACAUGCCCGCGAUCUUGUGCUACUGCCAAGGGUCCAGAAGAAUGGAAUUUAUACCACGACACAGCAAGACUCGCAGUUUGUCCCGAGCCCAUGCUCGUCGCUUACAACCUUCUCACACCCUUUGGUGACCCCGAUACUCACACCAGCAUCCGCGCUUGCACACUUGGCGACGCGAACACCAAAGAGAAUUUCCUCGUCGAGUCUGGCUAUGUCGCUCCUGAUGCUGAAGACUCGUUUGUUGAAGCCCGCCAGCUAUCAAACUUUGCUGCCCUGUCACCGCGUCAGAUUCAGGCCAACGUGACUUGCGGUGCCGGUUUAGCCAGAGAAUCUCGCGUUUCUGCACGCCUUUCUUGGUGGAAUUCGGACUCAGAUGGCACUCUCUUGAAUGAAGCAGCCUCGUCAGAUGUUGCUAUCGCCAUAGAAAAGUUGUCAGAAUACAUGAAACAAGUCCCCGCGUGCGAGAAGAAGAUUGCUUUCCUCUACCUCCGCGGCACACUCGUCGGCCUGUACGCAGGCACAUUGAUGGACAAAUCUCGAGCAUCCGCUUCUCUGCUGCAGAAGCUCUCAGAAGAGAUUAAAGCAGCUUCCCCAAACGCAAAGACAUCAGCACCCGUGCGAGCGGCACUCGAAGUCUGUGGAAAUGACCGCACUGCUCCUGAGACCAUUGGGGUUGUGGCUGACAUGAGCGGUGAUUUCGCCGCCGUUCAGAAAGUCAUGCUUGCGUGGAGUCAGAGUCAAUGCUUCUCAGAGUCUGAUGCUGCUGCCGCUGUUAAAGAAACUAUAAACUCGAAGACCCUCGACAAUACGGCCAUUUGGUCGUUCGACACGCUUGUACCUCCAACUCCAGCCAUCAAGGGCCGACGGCUGGGGCAGCUUGAUAAGAGAGCCGAGUGCCGCAGCAUCAAAGUGGAAGAGGGCGACGAUUGCGCGACACUCGCAAAACGCUGCGGGCUUGGUACCACUGCGUUUAAGAGUUUCAACAAGCUCACCGACGCAAUGUGCAUCAUUUUGUCACAUGGCGGGUCGGUAUGCUGCUCUUCCGGCACGCUACCUAAUACCAAACCAAAGCCGAAUGCCGACGGAACCUGCGCGACGUACGUCGUCCAGGAGGGUGAGGGCUGCCAGGCGGUGGCAACCAAGCACGGAAUCAAGGUUGAGGACAUUGACGAGUUCAACAAAAAGACUUGGGGAUGGGAUGGGUGUAAGAACUUGCAGUUCACACAGAAGAUUUGUGUCAGCGAGGGUAACCCGGCCAUGCCCUCGGCUAUUGAAGAUGCUCAAUGUGGCCCUGGAAAACCGGGCACGAAAGCCCCCGGAAAGGGCGAGGAUCUCGCCGAUCUCAACCCUUGCCCGCUCAAGGUCUGUUGCAACGUCUGGGGCAACUGUGGCACGACGACCGAUUUCUGUGUGGUCUCUAAAUCGUCUACUGGUAACCCCGGUACCUCCAAGCCCGGCGAGAACGGCUGCAUCUCCAACUGCGGGAUGGAGCUCGUCAAUAAUGAUACGCCCCCGGAGCAGUUCCGUAAGAUCGGAUACUUCGAGGCAUGGAACUUCAACCGUCCUUGUCUUAAUAUGCACGUCUUAGACAUUGACCGGUCUUAUACUCAUGUUCAUUUUGCCUUUGGCGAGAUCUCUACCGAUUACCAGGUUGUUAUUCCUGAUGACCAACGGGAACAAUGGGAUGCUUUUGUUGGUGCGACCGACUUUCCAAAGAAGAUUCUCGCCUUUGGUGGGUGGGCGUUUUCCAACGAAGGGCCCAACGCCCGCUUAUUGCGUGACGUUGUGAGCCCUGCCAACCGUGGUGCUUUUUCAGAUAGAGUCGUUAAGUUUGCCGUUGACAACAAUCUUUCCGGCCUCGAUUUUGACUGGGAGUAUCCUGGAGCCACUGAUAUCGAGGGCUCACCCCCCGGCUCCGAGGAGGAUGGUGAAAAUUACUAUCAGUUCCUCAAACUCGUCCGCGAGAAACUCCCUAAGGGGAAGUCCUUAUCUAUCGCCGCACCAGCUUCCUAUUGGUAUCUGAAGGGGUUCCCCAUUGAGAAAAUGGCAGAGGUCCUCGACUAUAUCGUCUACAUGACCUACGACUUUCACGGUCAAUGGGACGUGGGCAAUGAGUGGUCAAUGCCUGGAUGCCCUGCUGGCAACUGCCUUCGUUCUCACGUGAACUCGACAACAACCCACGAUGCCCUGGUCAUGAUCACCAAGGCCGGUGUCAAGUCCCACAAGAUUGUUGUGGGAGUCUCCAGCUACGGACGCUCUUUUAAGAUGUCCAGUUCCACCUGCCGCGGACCGAUGUGUACCUUUCUCGGUAAGAGGAAUGAAUCACCAGCCAAGAAGGGGAGAUGUACCGACACAGCUGGAUAUAUUUCCGAUUUUGAGAUUGCAGAGAUUAUCAAAAAGGGUGGUGCCAUCAAGUCCUGGUACGACGCGGAAUCAGACUCGGACUACCUUGUUUACGACCAGGUUGAGUGGGUGGCAUAUAUGAGCAAGGUCACAAAAUCCCGUAGGCAGAGGGAUUACAUGAAACUCAACUUUGGCGGCACGUCAGACUGGGCUAUCGAUCUUCAAGGAGAAGGCUCUGGCAAGUACUCCAAUGGCACGGGUAGGCCCGUCUACCUUGACCCUAAGGUCUACGACGACGGCCAGGGUGCCAAAUGUCAGCCUCCUUGCGUUCUUAUUUUUCCCCCGAGUGCUCUACCGGAGCCCACAACUAUCAAGCCUGGCAAAUUUACCUCUUCUCUCGAGUAUGGUGCCAGUGGCAAAACUACCAUCAGCGGCAAGGAGACUACUGCUUUUGUUACCAAGACGACCACCAUCACUAUCGACAUUCCAGCACUCACCGUUAGCAGUAUGUCCUACUCCAACGUCAACAUCACCAAUGGCCAGAAGAGCACCCAGCUCCUCCUCACGCCGAGCAUCAAAAUCGGCCCUGUGUCCAUCAAAGUUCCCGACGGCGAGGGCGGCACGACCGUCCGUACCCUCACCUUGCCGCCGUGGCCGGCCGUUACAGGGGGCCCAGCGCAAAGUGGCCCAUCGAAAACCGGCACAUCAACCGUUGCCACACCCACUGGAGGAGGUGGAGGAGAUGAUGAUGAUGAUGACGAUGAAGAAGCUGAUUUUGACGAAAUGGAGAUUCACCCAGAUGAUACCGAAGAUGACGAUGAUGAGCCUAGCUACACACAAUAUCCUCCUCACGUCGUAACUCCCAUUCCAGGACCCGUCAAUAACAUUGAACCCACUGACGACGGCUUCAUUACCCCCUGCAAUCUUUGGUUCUUCAACUUCUGCCCGAGCAACAUCGGGCCGAAAGGUGGCCUCAAGUGGACCCUGCCGCCCGGCAUCUACCCUCCUGGUCCUCCGCCGCCCAACAUCAUCGCCCCCCCGGGCGGUGGUGGCAGCAGCCCAGGACCUACCAUCAAGCCCCCUCCGCCACCUUGGCCUCCCAUUACCGUUGGCGGUGAUAGCAAGCCCACCUUUACCGAGAAGCCAGACUGCGAGACGGAAUCGGCAUCUCUCUGCUCCACCACGACCACACUCAAAGUGACGACCAUUGGACAGAUAACAUCGACGGUGACUUCUACCGCAUCUGGUUGCGAUACGAUUUACGGCUGUUCAUUGACUGACUGGGAGACGCAAAUCACGACCAGGACGGAUGCAUGUGAGCUACCGUCACCCACUAAGCCUAUAACCCUGCGCGCGUUACACGGUGACGUUGCCAAAGAACGAGUGUUCAAUUCCGUCAAGGCUGCCAUAUCGAAGCGACAAAACGAUGACUCCGAUUGCGACCUAACGUGGUGGUAUCUUGUUCCCGUCAAUAUGGACGACCCGUCCCUGGUCCGCACCGUGUUGGACCAGUACGGAUCAGAUGUGAAAGAAAUCAAGUCCGAUGCGGGAGGCUUUACAGCUUUUUAUCUGGCCAGACUCAGUGUAAGGGUCUCGGAUGAAUUCAAAAGACUUGCUGAUGGCAUUGGGAUAGAACUCAUGAAGAAGUUCAAGUUUCCACCUGGCCAGGGACUCUCAAAAAGACUCACCGAUCAAAAUUCCGAUGUGGAAAUGCCCGAUGCUGGUUUUUCGGCUGGCAUCAACAUCAGGGAGGAUGCCGAACAUGGAAACAAGACGACAGAUGGCAUACAAGAAGCCCGCAGCUCGCCAGGCAUCAAGCAGAAGCGCCAAGACGCACCAUUGGCUGUGCAACGGUCCAACUACUGGCACCAAUCGCACUUUUCACUGCCCAAUAAAGUGGAAUGGAGAACUCCCGAUGGAUUUUCUUACAAGGCGGGCGAAGAUAAACCGUACAGUUUCCAUCAUCAAACCUUGGGAGGCACUGGGCAAUAUGUGUACACCGUUGCAGAGAAUGGAAUAUGGGACGGACACCCGGAGCUCGCCAAAGCGAAAGCAGAGGGAAGGCUUGAUCUCAGCCUCGAUCAAGGGCUGUUCACCCCCGAGGAACCAAGUUUACAUGACUUGCACCACGGAACACAAGUGUCCGCCAUGGUCAUCGGCGAGACAAUGGGCUCCUGUCCAAAAUGCAAUCUCGUUUUUGUCAAGGGCAACACUAGAAUGGUAGAAGUCAUAAGCUCUCUCUGCAUCAUAUACGACCACAUUUCAGCAGGACGGGUCGGCAAAGCAGUCAUAAACAUGAGCUUCAUUUCGGGUGACGACACAACAAACCAAGUCUGGCUCAAAAGGCUAAAUCAGAUCUUGAUGAGAUUAGAAAGUAAAACCCAGACUGUCCUUGUAGCAGCUUCUGGUAACGUUGACAAAAAGGUCAUAAGCUCUUCCGACCAAAUCAUCCACACCUAUCCAUCCAGGUUUGCCGCGUCAAGUGACAGAAAUUCGUUUGAUAGGAUCAAGAGCAUGAUGGUAGUUGGCGCAACGAACAAAUAUGGCGAGGAGGCCGAUUGGAGUCAGCGUGAUUACUACUUGACGACACUUGCGCCAGGCGAUAGACUGGAUAAAAUAGACGGCCCAACCAGUGUCAAUGGGAAAACACGUGGCACUUCUUUCGCCGCGCCUGCGGUUGCCGGCGUUGCCGCCUAUCUUCGUUCUCUACGUUCCGACUGGCAGACACAAUUGCAGGAGCCGCUCAACGUCAAAAAGAUGAUUCGAAGACUCCACCGUCGCAUCAGGGUUUAUGAAAGACCACUCUCCGCUACCAGUAGGCCUGUGGUCUGGAAUGGCGAGGUGGGCCGGAUGAUUAGAGAGCCUGCUUAUUCCUGUGUAUCGGGUGGCGAAACCGUUCUGAUAUUUGAUGACCGGACUGCGAAGCGGUGCCCCCCAUACUCCAAAGAACUCAAGGACUUGCCGGAAGAAGUUGGGGAAUCAACCGGUUCUUGUGGCGAUGGGUCCAACAACCCUUCCAAGCGAGCAGUCGAUGGCGCCAAUACCUGUCCCAUUAGUCCCCCUGGUGGCUCGGAUGGUUCAGGCGGCGGCGCCGACGGCAGAGGGAUCGAUUGGUCCGACGGGCCCGAUUCACCCAAGUGUCCUUCGGGCACCUGUGGUGGAGAGCUCUGCCGCGGAUACUACUGCAGCCCGCGUCCCAAGGGCGUACCGCCGCCGGACUUUAAGGAUCCCAAAGACCCCAACAAGAUGGGUGCGAACCCGAUUGGUAACAGUCCUCCUCCGCCAAAAGAUGAUGACGACGAUGAUGGCAAGGAUGACGACAAGGACGACGACAAUGAUGAUGGCAAAGACGACGACGACAAGGGUGACGACGAGGAGCCCGAGUAUAAAAACAACAUCAUCAUCGCGCUAAGUGAAAGAUAUAUUGCCGGUGGGCUGGGGACAUGGACGCGGUCCUGGGUUGUCUUUCCAGCGGACUCGGAUGGUGCUUGGUAUGUUUGCGAUAAGGCCUAUUACUCUGAGCCGGCAUAUACUACACUCGACAUUCGUGAGCCACCUACCAAAAUCGGACCAUUCACUGUCGAAGGGUACGAGUGUGAGUACGAAGCGGACAAGGGCAGGUUGGGAAUCAUACGCUGCGAAGGUAUCAAGCAGGCUUCGUGCGGAUGGCACAAAUACGAUGCGACGAAAUGUGGCGAUUUCGGUUCAAUGACUGGAUCGCUUAUUCAUUGCAGUUUUUAG